AUGGCACUGAACACUGCAGCAAGAACUACCAAUGAAAUAAAAAACUUGCAGUACCUACCUCGAACCAGUGAACCCCGUGAAAUGCUAUUUGAAGACCGGACACGGGCCCAUGCAGAUCACAUAGGACAAGGUUUUGAACGCCAGACUACAGCUGCUGUGGGAGUGUUGAAGGCUGUGCACUGUGGAGAGUGGUCUGAGCAGCCUCGUAUAACCAAAGAUGUAAUUUGUUUUCAUGCUGAAGAUUUCUUAGAGGUAGUUCAGCGAAUGCAAUUAGACUUGCACGAGCCUCCACUCUCACAGUGUGUCCAGUGGGUUGAUGAUGCGAAACUUAAUCAGCUGCGAAGGGAAGGCAUUCGUUAUGCCAGAAUUCAGUUAUUCGAUAAUGACAUUUAUUUCAUCCCAAGGAAUGUUGUGCACCAGUUCAAAACAGUUUCAGCGGUGUGCAGUUUGGCUUGGCACAUCCGGCUCAAGCUGUAUCAUUCAGAGGAAGAACUUUCUCAAAAUACAAGUACUGUUGAAGCAGGGACCUCUGCAGACCCCAAGUCUUCGGUUAUCGGACUUCAGACUGACAGCAGAAUUUGUACGAUGAGCAAAAAUACCUCCGAAGACACCAAAUUUUCAGAUGUUCCGCAGACGAAGUAUCUGCAGCAGGGAUUUGUGCCGAUAAAAAAUGAACCUAUGACAUCUCACCGAAUAAAAGAAGAACCCAUGAAUGUUGAUCUUGCUGAAAAGACAGCGGCACCUAACGACGUCGGGGGCCAGAAUGUUCAGGCUAGGCUGGAUCACGUCGAAUUGGCGGCGUUCAAGUUGGAAAUGGAUCCUAAAUUUGAACCUGGCAACAAGGACUUAGAAGGCAAGUUAUGCCCUGGAGGUCACAUACAUCCAGAUGAUACAAGACAACAUAGUUCAUCAUAUCCAAAACUGCAUGGACAAAGAGAGGAUGAUUUUUUGUGCUAAAUUUGUAUAUAUGGUUUUAAAUUCCUUUUUAAACUUAAUGAUGUAAUAAUGUAAAGAUUCAUAAAUUCUGUGAGGCGAGUUUGUGACUUGCCUUCGCAUCUGUUACAGAAAAUAGUUAUGUAGCUUUGUAACAUUCCUCAGUGCCUGUCCAUAACUGUGAAGUAUCAAAGCACUUAGGGCCAGAUGCACUGUAAACACUGCAGGUUUAACAUAAAGAAGUCUUUAAAUAAUUUUGAGUUGUAGGUUUUAGAGUAGAGCUGACAUUUAACAUAUAUAUUUUUUGUAAGAUGAGCCAGAAUUCUUUUUGACAAUUCCAGGCUUUUCCAUAGAGCUUAUUUAUACCAAUUUUUUCAUUUUAAAUGUGUCAGCACUGUAGUGUAAAUAUCUUUUUUAAAAAUCUUUUUAGUGUGAUUUAUACUGAAAUGUGAGCCGCUUAAUAAAGGUUCAUAAUAACAGAUUGGUUUUAUUUUUGGGUCUGCAAAAUAUAAUUCAGUUAAACUGCCUCUCUAAAAGCUUAUGUUUCUACCUGCACUAACGCAUAGGAUGCCCU